UGUUCUUAUAGCUUUUAUUUAUUACCAUUUGGCUUUCAACUUUCUUAGGAACCCAAUCCAAAAUGAGUUCUAGGCAGCGCCCAUUACAUACGUGUGGUCUUUCAACAAUAAAAAUAGCUCUGAAAAUUUCUUCUGUUGCCCAAGAUCUCAGCGGGCCAUUAGGCUCAAUGGCAAAAAGGGUUGCUAAAACAACCUCAUUUGCCAUCCCAUUUAUCUACGCCUUGCUAUAUCUAUGGCUAGUCCUUCUCUCUUUCGCCGACGAUCACAUCCUAGCAGCCGAAGACAUUAUUGAGAGAUAUUUCCCUCCUUCAAAGCAUUUUUUCAACAAGAUUGAUGACCUUGUCCUGGUCGUGGAAAACCUUCCCGAAAAAUUCGACUACGCGGUAAAAAGCUUCCCCUCCAUAAUCAACCAAGUCCCCUUUCUGGAUUGGGCAUUGGUACAUGUUAUCUCGUUGCUGGAGCUUCUGAUCAGUAUGUUGACAUGUUGGGGAUCCGAAGGCACAAAGGAGAAGGAGAUUACGGUCGAUAUAAACUGCAAUAACCGCGACAUUGGCGAAUCUGAAUCUGACUUUGUUGCCGAAGCAGAACAUGAAUCUAAACUAGAUACUGAAGCGGACCAACCGACAAAAUCCCCGCUUCAUGUUGAGAGUGAGGAUGUCAAGGAAGACUUUCCUCCUGUAUCCGAAACCCAACAGGCUGAAACCGACGCGGCUUGUGUAGGUGUUAAACCAGAUGGUAUGAAGAGUACUUACAAGGAAGUCCUGGAGAAGGGAAAGAACGAUAUGAGAACUGAUCAGAUUGUUAAUCAGGAAGAAACUAGGGAGAAAAUAGAAGACGAAAAAGUUGAGAGCCCCAAGGAUGAUCCAAUAACAAAAUUGUUUGAGUCGGGAUGGCUUACAAGGCGAGGAAGAAGAGGACAAUGA